CGUGCACAUGCGCUACAGCCAUGGCAGCAGACGACGGCAGCAUUUGCGUUGCAAUAGACGGCGUGGCAACGAAGCUGACGCCGAUCGUCAAUGAAGAUGGGAACCGUGUUUGGCAAGAGAACGGCUAUGCGUACAGGACAGAAGGCGGGGCAGUUAUGUCCGUAGUGUUUGCGGAUGAGCAGCCGCCUACCGGCACCCAGUCGCCAGCAGCAGCAGAAACCGCGGCACAGGAGGCACCUGCAGAAGUGGCACGGGACGUGCCGGAAUCAGAUACCACUGAACUGUGGUCUGAAAGCAGGACACGGUUCCUGAUUUCGGACUACAAGGAAAAGAAGGCUCUUCUUGGGAAAAAAGGGGGCUUCCGGACGAAGAAGGCACUGUGGCAAGCCCUUGCCAAUGCAAUAAACAAACGCUCUAAUUGCAAUGUGAGCCCAAUUCAGGCCGAAAAUAAAUGGAAGAGCUUAGAAAGGGCAUACAAACGAGCAAAGACAAAGAACAACUCAGGCCAUUCGCGCGUCAACUGCAGCCAUGAAGAGGAGCUAGGUGAGGUACUGGAGCGCGAGCAUCACAUUGCACCCCCAUUCCUUUUAGCCCCAGGAAAAGUAAUACAGGCUGAAGAUUUAUGUACACCUUCAGACACAGAGGCCAGUUGCAACAACGAGGCAGGGCCAUCGCAACAGCCCCAGGAUGAUGUACUCCACAAGCGGCGCCGCAGGGACACUUCCAUCAACACCCUCCUGGAUGUUUUCCAAGAGGCCAAAAUGGAUCGGGCCGAGCGCUUUGAAAAAAAGAUGGCUUUGCUGGAGCGGCUUGUUACAGCAGUUGAGGCUAAAGCUACCCAGGUCGAAUAAAU